AUGGCAAAAGGCCGCUGUCGGCCUCGCAUGAUGACCAAGCCGGUGGCGAUGGACUGCGAAUUUGUGUCGUGUCCGAUCACGGCGCUGGCCUUCUUUGAGAUUGACGACCCCUGCACCCACCAUGAGAAUGACGAUGGCUGUGGUGGGCACGGACGGGAAGCAGAUGCAGGUCGCACCUAUCUCCUCGCGGGGGAGGACACGCAGCUCAAGAUCUAUGACGUCGCCUCGGGAUCGCUGUGCGGCGAGCUGCAGGUGUUUUCCGCCAGCGUCAUCCAUGGCAUCUUUGUCGGCAGCGGAGCCUCGCGCGGGAGCAUACUGGUCUGGGGCGGCUGCUCGGCCGCCGUAAUUCCGAGGGCCCUGCUGGAGGAUCUGCUAUCCGGGGAAGUGCGGGAUCGCACGGCGCCGGCGGUCACGGAAGCUACUGCGCCGGACUGGAUCUACGACGGAGCAUUAGCAGCUGCCUUGCCCUCGGGACGGGGUGAUGUGGAUGGCUUCCUGGUCACGGCCCACAACGAGGUUGUGGAGCUUCGAAUCGCAAGCGAGCACGGUCACCCAAGAGUCGAGUUUGGCCGUAUCGCAUCACCAUCUCGUCCGAUCCUGUAUUCAGCCAACGUGCGUUUGCUUGCUGGUGACGUGAUCCUGGUCGCGGGCGGAACCGUCUUUGGCGAGAUCAUUGUCUGGAAUUGGCAUCCCAUAAGGGGCGACUGUGAAGUGCUGUUCGUGCUCGAGGGCCACGAGGGGUCCAUAUUUGGCGUACACGUCUCGGACGAGCUGAUUACGCCCAGUGGUGACUCUCUUAGGUUACUGGCGAGCUGUAGCGACGACAGGACGGUGCGGAUAUGGGAUAUCACAGUGCGUAGUCUCGAUCCAUCUUCGUUGGGUGUCAAAUCACAAAACGGAAAACUGGUCGAGGAAGGUCGCGAGACUGGAUUUGGAGGCAAGAAGAACGUCGAUGAUGAAACCCAGGCAGGCUCCAUGGAGAAUUUGGCCUCUGCCCCGACGGCUUGCUCCAGGAGGGCGUUGGCUGUGGCAAUGGGCCAUAUGUCUAGGAUUUGGCACGUCAAGUUUUCAACUCAGGGGCUUCUGCCACCCCUGGGCCAGGAUGCCGCUCCCAGGAUGACUGUCUACUCAUUCGGCGAGGAUGCAACGAUGCAGGAGUGGCUGCUUGACUUGCCAGGAGAAUCUUCGGGAACCCUAUCACAUGUCAAAACCACGCCCUGCCACAGUGGAAAACACAUUUGGUCUACGGCGCUAUUGGCAUCAACUAAGCCAAGAGGGCGUCCGUUGAUUGCAACUGGCGGCUCCGAUGGAAAGAUUUCGUUGAUCGGAGACUUUGGCAGUCGGAAGCUGAUAACUGAUGAUGAUAUUUCAAGAUGCCCAGACAUAGAUGCUGACACCGGCUUAGAUCACACUGCCGUAUCGUAUCUCUUUGCAGACUUCGGGUUGCCCGCCGAUGCGGUUGUACCUGCACAAGUGGCAGCAAACGGCGGGAAAGGGGGCCGAGGGGCCGAAACGUUCAAGACCUUUGCCUUCGCUUCGCAGGAUGAGCUUCUCGUCACGUCUACCCUUGGCAACUUGUUCCUGGGCAAGGUCCUUGCCGCGGGUGAUGUUUCUUGGUCAAAGGUUACCAUCACCGACGCAGAGAGGUCUGAUCUGAAGAACUACAACAUCGUUCGAGGUGGUGGUGAUAGUGGUCACCGCAUUUCUUUUAUAGGUUCGGCGACUGGUGCGGUCUACAUGUUCACUGCCGCGCCGAUCCCGCGUCUGCUCAAGGUAGCAGAUCUCGGAAGGAAAAUAUCGGACAUUUUCCCCUUAUCCAGGGGAGCUGGGAGCCCAGAAAGCAUGACAUCGCUAUUUGGGUCAGAUGGUUUCAACAAAGUCGUGGUAACUUUGCUCGGUCAUGAAGAAGCCUACCUGAUAAGCAUUGCGGACAUAGACUUGGCAAAAGAACAUAUCCCCACUACACAAAUCACCAGUAUACCACUCAGUAGUGGCUUUGUGGUCACCGCUGCCAACAUCUGCAAUGAUUCCCUUGUGCUCGGGACCCGAGAUGGAAAUCUUGUCUUCUAUAGGCACAGCAAGUUGGAGGGAGGCCGUGUUGAGGGACACACAACUUUCCAUGAGGUUUUGCAAGCGACCACAACUAGCAAAGACGCCAUCACUUCGGUUGUCCCACUUCCCGGGGCUCAAGGAGGCGCCCAAUGUCCCUAUGCUCUAGCUACAUGUCGCGACGGAAAGUACAUGAUAUAUGAGAUAACCACCCAUUCCGACGUCGAUGCCGCUGGCCCCAGCAAAGGAGACGGACUGCAAAUCAAACUAAUACACGAAUCGUGCCCGCCAUUUGGUCCUAUCAUCGCCGAAGCCUGGUUCAAAAAAGCUGCUGACAGUGGCGACCUCGAGCUGAUCCUGUGCGGCUUCCGCAGCAGGUACUUUGUGGUCUGGAACGAAACCUGGCAGCACGAGAUCGCCACCGUCGACUGCGGCGGCGCGCACCGGACGUUUGCAUACACCCGAACCGCUGUCGACGGCCCAGACGACUGGGUGCGCUUUGCAUACAUCAAGGCCCAGCGCACACAUAUCCACACGCAGCGGCGGGCCGGUCAUACGGCGCUCCGCAACGGCAUGCACGGCCGCGAGGUGCGGGCCGCGAGCUGGUGCGGAGACCUGCUGGCCACGGCGGCGGAGGACACAACGGUGCGGAUAUGGAAGUACCCGCAAAGCCCUGGGCAGAAGAACACGAAGAGCAAGGAGAUGCGAUGCGUGGCGUGCCUUAACGUCCACACGGCGGGGCUGCAGUCGCUGCAGUGGUGCGGGCCCGGAUAUCUCGUCUCAAGCGCUGGCAACGAGGAACUCUUUGUCUGGCGCGUCUCGAGGCUGGACGACAGGUCGGCGUACGCCGGUGGACUGGCCGUCGUGCGAGAAGCCGUCUACCCCGACCGCACGCCUGAUGGGGAUUUGAGGAUAGUCGACGUGGCUGUCCAUGCCGCUGGAGACCGCGCCGCGGAAGACUCGUUUUUCAUCUCCAUUGUGCUGUCAAACUCGGUGCUCAGGUCGUAUCUGUACUCGAAAGAAAAGGGCUUCGACAUGUUGGCGCAGGGCAGGUACACGGGCGUGUGCUUGACGCAGAUUCGACAUUUGGAAAUGAGCAGCGGCCAUCGCCUCUGCGUGCUAACGGCGUCUACGGAUGGGGCUGUUGUCGUCUGGGAGUGUGCGGCGCCGGGGGACGUCGGCGAUGCGGAGGUUACGGUUGCUAGAGAGUACAUCAUAAGAGAGGUGUAUGACUUGCACCAAAGCUCCAUAAAGGGGCUGGACGUCGGGCCAUUACAGCCAGGAGGUGGCGGCAAGGGAGGCGGCUGGGCUGUUCUCACGGUGGGCGAUGACAACGCCCUCAGUGUUUUGUAUCUGCUGCCAGUGCCAGACGGGAGCGACGACGGUGGUACGUCACCCGGUUCACGAUCCCGUCGCGCCACAGUACGCUCUGCACACGCCGCCGGCAUCACGGGGAUCCGGAUCGUGGGAUCUCGUGACCAAGGCAGGGUGUUGUUUGCUGCAACUAUCAGCAAUGAUCAGCGAGUAAAGAUCUGGAGGGUCCAGUUGGGCAGCGAUGUCGAUACCAAUGACCGAGGAGCAGCCGCCGUCCGGGUACAGCUGCUCCAGGACAGGUACAGCGCUGUAGCCGAUGCUGGCGAUUUAGAUCUUUGGGAAGGGGAGAAUCCUGACGUGGGUGGAAAGCUGGUGGUCGCCGGAGUUGGAGUUGAGGUUUGGGGCGUGAGUUUGUCAUGA